AUGAGACGACCACCAGACCCGGUCUUGAAUGUGAUCCAAACGUACAUUCGAGCAGUGCUAUCCGAGACACGCCCCUCUAUCAGGCCAGGUAGAGGGAUUUGCGCAACGUGUUUGCAAUCCCAGAAACCUUCAAACAGAUAUCAGAUCAGGACCCUAUAUCAUCGAACCGUGGGAAUACAUCUCGUUCCGUCUUGCAACCGUCGAACCCACCAUCAAGCCCGGGACCUCGGUUCCCACACAUGGACGCCGAGGCAGGGCUAUGCCACGGUUAGCGAUGCCCCGACCGUUCGUGGGCCCUUAGAAGAGUAUGACGAGCGUGUGCAUGCGCGAGUACUUCGAGAUGACGAACACCAGCGAGGCAUCGUGGAGCAUCUGCAGGACCUGCACGACACGUUGCGUGACUACAAUCCGCCGAAAGUUGUACACCCCAGUUUCGAGACUCUUCGGCCCGCUUCCCGGACAUCCUUCUUGGGCUCCCUGUUUGGCAAGAAACAGGUGAAAAUAGCUGGUGCAGUUAUUCCAGACACGCUUCCUAAGGGCCUCUAUAUGUAUGGCGAUGUUGGUAGUGGGAAAACCAUGCUCAUGGAUCUCUUCUACGAUACUCUUCCCCGGAAUAUUACCUCGAAAACUCGAAUACACUUUCACAACUUUAUGCAGGAUGUCCACAAACGGCUUCAUAAAGCGAAAAUGGAGCAUGGUAGUGACUUUGAUGCUGUUCCUUUUGUGGCGGCAGACAUCGCCGAACAAGCCACGGUACUAUGUUUUGACGAAUUUCAAUGUACCGAUGUUGCAGAUGCUAUGAUUUUGCGGAGACUGCUUGAAGCAUUGAUGUCCCAUGGAGUGGUCCUUGUUACGACUUCGAACCGGCAUCCAGAUGAUCUGUACAAGAAUGGCAUUCAAAGAGCUUCCUUCAUACCUUGCAUCAAUCUACUAUCUAAACGGCUCCGUGUGCUGAACCUCGAUUCCACCACGGAUUACCGAAAGUUACCAAGACCACCCUCGGGAGUGUACUAUCAUCCGCUGGACAAGGGCUCUUCAACUCAUGCAGAUAAAUGGUUUCAAUUCCUUGGGGAUCCUAUCAAUGACCCACCCCACCCUGCUAAAGUGACGGUCUGGGGCCGUGAAGUAGAGGUCCCCUUGGCAAGUGGAAAGGCUGCAAGGUUCACCUUUCAUGAAUUGAUUGGGAGAGCGACAGGGGCGGCUGAUUACAUCGAACUCAUGCGUUCCUACGAAUCCUUUAUUGUGACAGAUGUGCCUGGCAUGACGUACAGACAACGAGAUUGGGCAAGACGAUUUAUUACCUUCAUCGAUGCCGUAUAUGAGUCACACGCAAAGCUCGUGCUGACCACAGAAGUACCGUUAGGCCAGCUCUUCCUGUCCAAGGAGGAGAUAGAUACUUCACUCCAAAAUGUGACCAAGAAAGUUGAUGCUCAAGGCGACGAUGUAGGCGACAAGGACAAGAAGGUUGCGGCUGUGGCUGCUGAGGAUCAUACCGACGUGGACGAUACGAUGAGACAUCUGAUGGAUGAUCUAGGCAUGUCUAUGAGCAUGUUGAAAUCGUCGAGCAUUUUUUCUGGUGAUGAGGAGAGAUUCGCCUUUGCAAGAGCAUUAAGUCGACUUAGCGAAAUGGGCAGCCAACAAUGGGUCGAGAGGGGUAUGGGUCUUGAGCACAAGGGUGGAAAGAGAGAGAUGGAGGGAUGGCAGAGAGUCAGAUCCAGAUGGAGAGAAGAUAGUCUUCAUAUCGCUCCUACUCCCCCUUCGGUAGCUCGUCCUAGUGUAACCCCAUUUGUUGCAUACGACGACUCGUUCGCGACUCUCCUCGGCGCAAAUCCUUCCAUAAAGCUGCUCAUCAACGAUCCAAGAGCAGCCUUUUUCUACUCUGGUGGUGCAUGGCUACCGCGAUCAUCCACCCUCUUUCUCACCUCGAGUUUGCUGCGGGACCACGAGCCUUCAGCAGUAUCGUCCGCUGGCAAGCGCACAGAAAUAUCGCGGGUGGAGUUUUACUCAGCUCAAGACUUGUCGCGUGACAAAGUUCGGUGUCCGGAUCGCAAUUAUCUGGCGGCCGGAUGUGCUCCAUAUCCGUCGGCAGGAUCGUCUGGCAUUGUAUUAUGUGCUCAAGGCACGCUCAAAGACCCGGCCGGUCUCGUCUUUGUGGACGCCAAACGCCCUCACAAAUCGCACAUGUUACUGAACAAUUUCCAGGGCCGUCCUUUCAAUUCGCCUUGCGAAAUUGCCACAAAUAUGAUAGACAACUGCUUAUACUUUACUGACCCUGCAUACGGCUAUGAGCGUGGUUACAGACCCAAACCACAAUUACCUACAGGCCACAUAUACCGAUUUGACCCAUUGUCAGGUGACUGCCGUGUCGUUGCUGAUGGGCUAUCGAGACCAGGCGGUCUUGCAUUCUCUCCCGACUACUCAGUUCUAUACGUAUCCGAGUUGGGAGACAAAUAUGGCGGGACUACGAUCCACGUCUUUGAUAUCAUAUACACCACCCCCGCCGCCAACUAUCCCCGACCUCUAGCCCACCCCAUAAGCACGACUUCCGCCCCCCGCUCGACCACACCAAACGGCCACCAAAAGACCUCCUCCGCGUCAUCCACCGAAUCCAACGACUCCGUACAUAAUCCCUACCGAAGCUCACCGACAGCCUCGUCACGGCCCCUGGCAGCAGCCGCACGCCUCGCCUCCUCCACCUCUCCUACCACAACCAAUGGCAGUUCGGUUUCCCACCCCGGUCUAAGCCGCUCCAAUUCACGCGACCGAGCCCGCCGAGUCCUCGACAUGGCGCAGAACCAGUCCCGUCAACUCAAAUCAAUGGGAAGCAGUUUUGGGAUGAAUCUGAAAUCAUCGUUCAACACCACGCCCUCCCUAUCAACGACGAUGUUGCAACCUCAGCAGCUUCAGCCGAUCCAGCAACAUCAGCCGGUCCAGGCGCCGGUGCUGUUGCCGCCAUUGACCGCUUCCUCGUUAGCCGCCAUGUCCGUUGCCAAUGGAGGAGGUGAGGAAGGGAGACUUGGUGCAUUCUUAAUCAACAAGCGCCUGUUUGCCUAUUCCCCCUCCAAAGUGCCUAGUGGAGGUAUCUCGACGGAUCCAGUUCAGGGGAAUGUGUGGCUUGGCACGGAAGAGGGAGUUGAGAUCUUUAGUGGAGUGCUGGGGAGUAUGGUUGGUAAGAUCCUGGUGCCGGAAGAAGAGGAGCAUUCGUCGCCGUCGGAUAGGAAACGGGACCGGGGUGAUAAGAUGGCAGGGGUCAGUAGGGUGGCAUUUGGUGGGGAUGGAGAGGCUUGGUUGCUGGGUGGUGAGAGGCUGUGGAGGAUUGGGUUUGGAGGGGUGGGCGAGAGUCCGGUGGGCGGGGGGUGA